AUGUCGGGCAUUGACCCAUUGAGAUCCGACAUCGUCGCCUUCAUGGCCAAGGCGUCAAAAGAGCUUGGCAGCGACCUCCCCGCACCGAAAGACGUCUUCGGCUUUGGCGGCAGCAACCCCACACUGACAGACAAGCUUCUUCAAUUUGCAAUUGAUGGGAAGAAAACAGCAACGACGUCCUGGCCAAUUCCUGAUCCGCUGUACUGGGGACCAGGUGAUCUGUCAGUCAUCAUGAACGGGAAAGGGGAGCCAGGCGCCAUCAUGCGGACACUCUCAUUCGUCAAGUGCAAGUUCAAGGACGUUGCGGAGGACUUUGCGCUGGCCGAGGCGGAGGGAGAUUAUGAGAGCUAUCGCACGGGGCAUAUCUGGUUCUAUGGGCAGCAGGAGAAUGGCCAUGAAUUCGGUGAUGAGAGUAUGGUGCUAUGCGAGACAUUCGAGGUCAUCUACCCGAAGAUGGACGCUGACAAAUCAUAA